AUGUCUAGAAUACCCAGUGAUCAACCACAAGAACAAGAAAACCAACAAGCUCAACAGACAAGCACAUUACACAUUUCAAACCUAAAUGAUAACAUUCAUUAUGAUACAUUAAAACAUAAUCUAUACAUCCUUUUCACAACUUUUGGUGACGUGUUGGAAAUAAAUAUACCUGGUAACAAUAAACUAAGAGGUCAAGCAUUUAUAGUAUUUACAGAUCCAAAAAGUGCAAAUAUAGCAAUGAGAUCUUUACAAGGUGAUGAAUUUUUCGGUAAAAAGUUAAAAUUUGAUUUUAGUCAUGAAGAGAGUAAAGUUUUACAAAGCUUGCAACAACAGGUAUAA